CUGAACUGCCCCGUGGGCUGGGGGCGCCGUCAGCCUCCCACACGCGCGGCGGAAGGAGCCCUUGGGCCGCGCUCCGUAAUGGCCGGGGGCGUCCUGCCCCCUCAGCCGGGGCACGGCUGUGCCGGAGGGGGGCCUUGGGGGGCCCUAGGGGACGCGGGACCAUGCUGAUCUCUUUUAGGUCUUUCAUCUUCCGUGCUAAAGCGUAGAAAGGCUGCCAAGCGCAGAUCACUUUAUUUCUUGUCUCUAAACCACAAAAGGGACCUGCAUGUUUAGGUGACUUAGCUGCAGAAAUAUCAAAAUGCCUAAUCUUGAACAUCCAGCAUACCCAGCAGCUACACUGCUUCACUUGGAAAGUUUGGUGCCUUGUCGAGAAUCCCAGGUGUCCAUGUUGCUGUCAAUAUUUGGAGAGCGUCAGCAAUUUAGUUUUCCAUCCAUUUUUAUCUACGGACAUACAUCUAGUGGAAAGACUUAUGUGAUGCAAACUCUUCUAAAGACCUUACAGCUUCCUCAUGUGUUUGUGAACUGUGUGGAAUGCUUUACAUCACGGCUUCUUUUAGAAGAAAUUCUCAUCCAGUUGCAAAACUGUUCUUGUGAGACAGAACCAGCCUCUCCUGUGCCUUGCGAUACUUUCAAUGACUUUGUCCGUCUGUUUAAACAGGCUCUUGUCAGUCGAGGGCUUCAGGAUCAAACAUUGUACAUUGUACUGGAUAGAGCAGAACAGCUGAGGGAAAUGGAAGCAAACAUCCUGCCAGCAUUUCUUAGGCUUCAAGAGUUAACUGACAGUAAUGUGACAGUUGUCCUGCUCAGUGAAAUAGUGUGGGAACUGUUCCGUCCAAACGUGGGAUGCUUUGAUCCGCUCACUUUGUAUUUUCCUGAUUACAGCAUAGGACAUCUGCAGAAGAUCUUGUCUCAGAAUCAUCCCCCAGAAUAUACUGCAGAUUUCUAUGCUGCAUAUAUCAAUAUUCUGCUUGGUGUCUUCUACAUGGUUUGUAGGGACCUGAAAGAACUUCGGCAUCUGGCAGCGCUCAACUUUUCUAAGUACUGUGAACCAGUGGUCAGAGGGGAAGCAAAUGAACGCGACACCCGCAAACUCUGGAAAAAUAUUGAACCUCAUCUGAAGAAGGCAAUGCAGACUGUUUAUCUCCGGGAAAUAUCCAGCUCACAGUGGGAGCGCUUGCAGCACGAUGGUGGAGAGCCUGGGCAGUUGAAAGGACUUUCUGCACAUACACAUGUGGAACUUCCUUAUUACUCCAAAUUUCUUCUAAUAGCUGCUUACCUUGCCUCCUACAAUCCUGUUAGGACAGAUAAGAGAUUCUUUCUUAAGCAUCAUGGGAAAAUUAAAAAGACCAAUUUUAUGAAGAAACAUGAGAAGACCAGCAAUCACCUCCUUGGGCCAAAGCCAUUUCCCCUGGACAGAUUGUUAGCAAUAUUAUAUAGUAUUGUGGACAAGAGAGUUGCUCCAACUGCAAAUAUAUUUUCCCAGAUCACCUCUCUUGUGACUCUCCAGCUGUUAUCCAUGGUUGGCCAGAACGACCAGCUUGAAGGACCACGAUACAAAUGUACUGUGUCUCUGGACUUCAUCAGAGCUGUUGCCCGGACCGUGAACUUCGACAUAAUAAAGUACUUGUACGAUUUCUUGUGAAAACAAGCUUCACAGCCAUAUGGACACUGUGACAAUGACUAAGGCAAGCUGUGUUCAUCUCUCUACUUAGCUGGCCAGAAAGAAGAGUAUUUUGGCUCUUUUGGAUUUGUCCAAACAGGUGCUGGCCCAGCAUGGAACCUGAUGAAAAUACUCUGAUUGGUCUGGGUGGAUCUGAGCAGAGGACUAUUUACCAGGGACCCUGGAGUAUUUGGAAGCAAUGUGUUAAUUAUAAACAGCAGGGUUUGAGCACAAUCUGUUCUACUCUUAAUGAUGUUAUCUUAACACUGAAAUUGCCUGAAACCCAUUUACUUAGGACUGCAUUUUGCUCUAUGAACUCUCCCCAGUGCUUUGAACAUGGCAGCAGCCGUUGUUUGUAUGCCCAGUCUUUUCACUUCCUCUCCACAGGAAUCUUUGCAAUUGCCUGCCAAAGCAGCUUUUCCUGAGGCCACCAUUUUAGGAGAGUGGAGUAGCAAAGUAUAAUAAACAUAAGAACAUAUUUAAAAAUCAAGCUGGUACAAAUUCUUCUUUCUCUUCAGUAGUAUGUAGGCAGACUGUUACACUGUUACAUGGAGAUCACGAUGAUAGGAAACUCCCAAUUAGACACCAUACUGCCUUUUUUCAGACCAUUCAUAAAUGUUGACUAUGAAUCUAUUUUUAAAAAGCUCUAUUUAAAAAAAAAUCCUUGAUUCUUAAAGUUCUAUCCCUAUGUCAAACUUGAAAUGUUUUAUUUUUGCUUCAGCAUUUUAUAGUCCUUUUAUGCUCAUCCAGUUAUAUAAAGUGCUAAUUAUAGUGCCGUUUGGAAUGAACAUACUUUGAUACACACUGUGUAAUGGCUUUUAUAACAAUCUCUGCCCUGUAAAGGAGGAUGGCACAGCUGCCUUUUCAUCAGAAAGGGAGAAAUUCAACAGGUGACAGAGUAUUUCUGCAGCAGUUCCCCAAAAGAGGUGGAACAGUAAAUAAUCAAUGUGGUAUUAUAACAUAAAACUUCAGCUUUGGAAAUAAGUGAUGGAAUACACUACAAUUACAGAUUAGAAGUAAAAGAUUCCCAAUUUACAGAGUAUUAAAAUCCCCUAGUCCAGUUGAGGAUUAUGCUCUUCAUGAGUCUGAAGACUUGUGUCACCCUCUUGAAAACUCCAGGUCCCCCAGCCUGUUACUCAGAUGUUUUACUUUUGAAUGCUCACCUUUCAGUGUUUGACAGUAGAAGACUGUGCCAGGUCCUAUGUUGAAUAUUAUGGUUUUUUCCAAGGAAAAGUCAUCAGUCUUUCUGCCCCUUUGCUCUGAUAUUGGUGAUGGUCAAAUACUCUGAACAUGUGUAGCCUUUUCUCUUUCUUGUUUAUUUUCCUUUGGUUUUUUUGUUUGGUGUGUUUUUUUGCUUGUGGGUUUUUGAGGGGGGGUGGGGGUGGUUAGUUUUUUGUUUGUUUUGGGGUUUUUGUUGUUUGUUGGGGGGGGGUAUGCUUAUUUUUUUUCUCAAUUGUGGAUGUGUAGCCAUACUUCUGGAUUCAGACCCAAAUGAUUUGAGUUCCAGGUGAAUCUAAGUGACAAAAGCAUCCUUCUAGCCAAGCUCUGGCUUCCUCCCUCAGGAGAGUGUGAAAGGGCAGCAAUGAGUCAUCUCCGUGAUCUGUUUUCCUUCCUACCGCUGAGCUGAAUCAAACCCUGCACCUGUCCAUGAGGUGGCAACAUUUGUCACACUUACUGAAGUGCUGAGAUACAAACACAUAACCUGUUUCAAAAACGUUUACUACCUGCUUUUGUUUUUACUUAUUAAAAUGUCCAUAAGGUGAACUUCGGGCUAAACUUCACAGUCUUUUUUCGUCUUGGAGGUAGUGUUGGGCUCAGCUCUUGUGAAUCUCCUAUAUGACUACCUAGGCUGCAAGUUGGAGAGGAAAGAAGUGUUUUUUGAAGUGUUCAUAUGUAAACUAGUCCAUGAAAAACAACAGCAGUACAUCCUAGGAUUUUGUGAUUUCUGAUCUGGAUUAGAAUUUGAUAUAUGAAACAUGAUGGGACUGAUACCAAUUUGUUAAGUGCUAUAAAACUUGAGUCACUAAAAUUUCUUUUUCAGUAAACACCAAUCACUCCCAUAAAGCAGACCAGACCUCAAAACUCCUUAGCUCCAAGUUUGAAGCACAAAUUAAAGACAUGAAAUAAGGGUCUUAGAAAAUAAGUGGUGAGAAAACUUGUUUCUCUUGCUGUUUUUUCAAUCUGGUGUCUCCUAUACUAGCCUGAUGAGUAUUGAUGAUUAUUUCCAGUGUAAAUUCAAAGGAUGAGGAUACUAAUUUUUGUGGAAUGUAGUUAAUUUGACUGAAAUGACAUUAACUAGAGAAGGAGUAGUAACUGAGGAGCCAUUAGACAGAACCACUCUCCUUACACUGAAGGCACUCUUGUGACCUUUGUGAAAGACUCAUAUGAGUGAUAUAAAAUUAAAGCUGAAUCAGCAGAGUAUGAGAAUGAACAAGGUGACUGAAGUGCAGAUGAUUGAUGUAGGCUAUAACUAUGCUGCUGAUGAAUAGUAGGAUUUAUUCUGACAAACUAGAAUAUUUCUAUAUAGCCAUGUCAAUGAGUUUAUAAAUUACUGCUGAGUUUCUUACUAGAUACCCUAGCAAUACUCUGUUCUGAGAUCCCACUUUCAUGGAUGAGGUGUGGCCCACUUUAGCCUCUCCUGGGCCAGGAUUUCAUCCCUCCUACAGGUGGUUUUAAGAACUGUGCAAAUGAUGCAGAGCAAGACAGUUGUGGAGCUAACCAGAAAUCCUUCAAUACUUUAGUGCUGCAGUAUGUAUUUUAAAAUUCCUGAGAAUUUUUUUAUUAUUUGUGAAUUGCAAAGCUUUAUAAUACUGUAAAAAUUACAGACUCAUAUUACUUAGUGCCUGUCUCCAAUGGCUGAUCAGCAGGAGCAGGGGCUUGUUCUUACAAGGAGAAAGUAAUGGAGAAAGUGCAGCUAUCAUCAGUUGCAAAGAAAUUAGUGCCCUUGAAUAGCUCUGACUUCAUCAACAGCUGCAUUUUCAUACACAAGAUGGAGAUUUUAUAUUUUAAAAAGGCUUGCAAGGCUGCAUCCACAUGUAAUACAGCAGGAGAUUUACUCUUUUUGACAGUGAUUUGUCUUACUCUGGUUCUCCCUGAACCUGCUGCUUCUACCAUAACAAUCCCUGUAACUAUUGGGUCUGUUUUGGGGUGAUUUAAAGAAAUAAAUUGGUUAUUUGAGUA